AUUUGAAAAUUUCAUUUAUUCAUCUUGACUUUCAAAAUAUUCGAGAACGCGGAUUAUGGAAACAACAUAAAGUUAGAAAACAAGGUUUAUCAAACAUUCUCUCUGCAGAAAAUCUAUUGAUCAACAUUACAAAAAUUUAUCAAGAUGUAUACAAAAACUUUGAAACUAAUGUUUAUAUUAAUAUUACAUUGCGAGUUAGUGAAGCAAUUGAUAUAGAAGAUGCUGAUAGU